CCAACCCGCCCGCUCCUUUUCUUCUCCCCCCUGCGAACGCAAGCGCUCACUCUCCCUCCAUCUCUCCCCGCCUCCUCUCAUGAAAGCCUAAAUGCCGAAGCCGUCGAGCUGACAAUGACGAUGCCGCGAGACAAAGCGGCCCGCUCCUCUCUCCCCCCGUCCACCCUGCCCCGCGCGAUGCCGCUGCUCUUCCUGCUCGUCAUGGUCGCGGCGGCGGCGGCGGCCACGGCCGCGCCGCCGGUGCCGCGGACGGCGGAGGUGCAGGCGGAGGUCGACGCGCUGCUCGCGUUCCGCGCGGCGCUGCGCGACCCCUACGCGGCCAUGGCCGGCUGGGACGCCGCCUCGCCGUCCGCGCCCUGCUCCUGGCGCGGCGUGGCCUGCGCGCCCGCCGGCACCGGCCGCGUCGUCGAGCUGCAGCUCCCGCGCCUCCGCCUCGCCGGCCCCGUCUCCCCCGCGCUCGCCUCGCUCCGCCACCUCCAGAAGCUCAGCCUCCGCUCCAACGCGCUCUCCGGCGCCAUCCCGCCGGCGCUCGCCCGCCUCGCCUCGCUCCGCGCCGUCUUCCUCCAGGACAACGCGCUCUCGGGCCCCAUCCCGCCCUCCUUCCUCGCCAACCUCACCGGCCUCGAGACCUUCGACGUCUCCGCCAACCUCCUCUCCGGGCCCGUGCCGGCCGCGCUCCCGCCCGGCCUCAAGUACCUCGACCUCUCCUCCAACGCCUUCUCCGGCACCAUCCCGGCGGGCGCCGGCUCCUCGGCGACCAAGCUCCAGCACUUCAACCUCUCCUUCAACCGCCUCCGGGGCACCGUGCCGGCGUCGCUGGGGGCCUUGCAGGACCUGCAUUACCUCUGGCUGGACGGCAACCUUCUUGAGGGGACCAUCCCGUCGGCGCUCGCCAACUGCUCGGCGCUGCUCCACCUCAGCCUGCAGGGGAACGCGCUGCGCGGCAUCCUGCCGGCCGCGGUCGCGUCGAUACCGUCGCUGCAGAUUCUCUCGGUGUCGCGCAACCUGCUCUCCGGCGCCAUCCCGGCCGCGGCGUUCGGCGGCGAGAGGAACUCCUCGCUGCGCAUCCUGCAGCUGGGCGACAACCAGUUCUCCAUGGUGGAUGUGCCCGGUGGGCUCGGCAAGGGUCUCCAGGUCGUGGACCUGGGGGGCAACAAGCUGGGCGGUCCGUUCCCCACAUGGCUCGUCGAGGCCCAGGGGUUGACGGUGCUCAACCUUUCUGGCAAUGCAUUCACCGGCGACUUGCCGGCGGCGGUCGGGCAACUUACUUCGCUGCAAGAGCUGCGCCUUGGAGGCAAUGCUCUCACUGGCACAGUGCCUCCGGAGAUUGGCAGAUGCGGUGCUCUCCAGGUGCUUGCUCUUGAGGACAACAGCUUCUCCGGCGAGGUUCCUGCAGCCCUUGGCGGCCUCCGGCGGCUCAGAGAGGUCUAUCUUGGUGGAAAUUCUUUCGCAGGCCAGAUUCCGGCUGCUUUGGGGAACCUCUCCUGGCUGGAAACACUGUCAGUACCGAAGAACCGGCUCACUGGUGGCUUGCCCAAUGAGCUCUUCUUGCUGGGCAACCUGACAUUCCUGGACCUCUCUGACAACAAGCUCGCCGGUGAGAUUCCUCCUGCAAUUGGCAGCCUGCCUGCUCUCCAGAGUUUGAAUUUGAGCGGCAAUGCUUUCUCAGGCCGCAUUCCGUCGACCAUUGGCAGCCUUCUGAACCUGCGAGUUCUUGAUCUCUCUGGUCAGAAGAACCUCUCGGGCAAUCUCCCGGCAGAGCUUUUCGGUUUGCCACAGCUGCAGCAUGUGUCGCUCGCCGACAACUCGUUCUCCGGCGAUGUCCCAGAAGGGUUCAGCAGUCUGUGGAGUCUGCGGCACCUCAACAUCUCAGUCAAUUCUUUCUCGGGGUCAAUCCCGGCUACCUAUGGGUACAUGGCAUCACUCCAGGUGCUCUCGGCCUCCCACAACCGCAUCUCCGGCGAGGUGCCCGCAGAGCUCGCCAAUUGUUCCAACCUCACUGUGCUUGACCUAAGUGGCAACCAUCUGACUGGCCCAAUACCAAGUGAUCUCUCAAGGCUUGACGAACUGGAAGAGCUUGACCUCAGCCACAAUCAGCUGUCCAGCAAGAUACCACCAGAGAUCUCCAACAGUUCCUCACUUGCCACUCUCAAGCUUGAUGACAACCAUCUCGUUGGCGAGAUACCGGCCUCUCUUGCCAACCUGUCGAAGCUGCAGACGCUUGACCUGUCAUCCAACAACAUCACAGGCAGCAUCCCUGUUUCAUUGGCCCAGAUUCCAAGCCUUCUGUCAUUCAAUGUGUCACACAAUGAUCUUGCCGGAGAGAUACCACCAGUGCUCGGCUCCCGCUUUGGCACGCCCACGGCCUUUGCUGCCAACCGAGACUUGUGUGGUCCGCCAUUGCAGAGCGAAUGCGGUGAGUACCGGCGGCGCCGCAAGCGACAGAGACUGCAGCGCCUGGCUCUGCUGGUUGGCGCCGUGGCUGCUGCAUCACUGCUCCUCCUGUUGCUGUGCUGCUGCUGCGCGUUCAGCUUGCUGCGGUGGAGGCGCCGGUUUGUUGAGCGGCGUGAUGGCGUCAAGAAGAGGCGGCGCAGCCCUGGACGGGGCAGUGGGUCGAGCGGCACAAGCACAGAGAGCCAGACGAAGCUGGUCAUGUUCAACUCCAGGAUCACCUAUGCCGACACGGUGGAGGCGACACGGCAGUUUGACGAGGAGAAUGUGCUUAGCCGUGGCCGCCAUGGCCUCAUGUUCAAGGCUUGUUACAGUGAAGGGACCGUGCUGGCCAUCUUACGGCUCCCUUCCACCUCAGCCGAUGGCGCCGUGGUGGUGGAGGAGGGCUCGUUCAGGAAAGAGGCCGAGUCUCUAGGCCGGGUGAAGCACAGAAACCUCACCGUUCUCCGUGGCUACUACGCCGGGCCGCCGCCGGAUGUCCGUCUGCUGGUGUACGACUACAUGCCCAAUGGCAACCUCGCCACAUUGCUCCAGGAAGCGUCUCACCAAGACGGCCACAUCCUCAACUGGCCAAUGAGGCACCUCAUCGCCCUCGGCGUCUCCCGCGGCCUCGCGUUCCUCCACCAGUCCGGCGUCAUCCACGGAGAUGUCAAGCCACAGAACAUACUCUUCGAUGCCGACUUUGAGCCACACCUGUCUGAUUUCGGGCUGGAGCCAAUGGUGGUGACCGCGGGCGCCGCCGCCGCCGCCGCCGCUGCAUCGACCUCGGCCACGACACCGGUUGGUUCUCUUGGCUAUGUCGCCCCAGACGCGGCGACCGCCGGACAGGCUACAAGGGAGGGCGAUGUCUACAGCUUUGGCAUCGUGUUACUGGAACUGCUCACCGGCCGGCGCCCCGGCAUGUUCGCCGGCGAGGACGAGGACAUCGUGAAGUGGGUGAAGCGGCAGCUGCAGUGCGGGGCAGUGGCCGAGCUCCUCGAGCCGGGUCUGCUGGAGCUCGACCCGGAGUCGUCGGAGUGGGAGGAGUUCCUGCUGGGGAUCAAGGUGGGCCUGCUCUGCACCGCCUCCGACCCGCUGGACCGCCCGGCGAUGGGCGACGUGGUGUUCAUGCUCGAGGGCUGCCGCGUCGGCCCGGACAUCCCCUCCUCCGCCGACCCGACCACCCAGCCGUCCCCGGCGUAGCUCCCCGGCAUCCCUCAGCCGGCAUUGUCAGAUUCAGUUCAGUAGCUUGUACCACCAUUUUUUCUGUAAUUCUUUUCUUAGUUCAGAUUAGUGUUUGUCAGAUUCAGCUCAGUAGCAAGUGGGGGAAGUAGCCGUUGGGGGUUUCUAAUCUCGUGGUUAGGGGGAGGUCAGGUGGCCAUGUGGGUGGUGCUUGGCAUGAUGCUCCUCCUGCCAUGGCAUUGUCGCUGAGGUUAGUGGGCGCGCAUGUGGGGUUCACGCCCGCCGCAGCAACGGCUACUGAUGCAGGAUACGGCUGUGUCUCCUCUCCUCUGUACUCUCUGUGUACUCUGUUAGGAAAUUGAUUCGUGGAGGGGCCUGCUUGGCUUCUUGGGAUCUUGUCUUCAAUACUCAUCAUUUUUACAA